CCAUCUUAUACGCACUCAUUGCCAUCCAAGCGGGCAACCAAGCAGAAACUAUCAAGCGUCUUCGUGGAGAGCUGGCUCGAUAGAGUGAAAUGCAUAGCAGAAUACAUUUUACUCUGAUACUAGUAUUGUUCGAAACUGUCAUUGCUCCAUUCGAUCUCUCACUUGAUGAUCACUUUGGAAGAGUUUAUUUAGCGUCGAUUACACUGCCUUCCAAUCCAUCGUUAUCAAAAUCGGAAAAACUGAAGAAAUGUCAUCAACUAGACAACGUGAAAAAUAAACCUUUGGAAGACCAAGUUUGUGAGCGUAUCGUCAAAUUCAAUGAUUGGGCAAGCAUAAGAAUAGAGACAGCUAGCGAAAAGGUACGGAAGGCUUACGAGAUGACACAUGACUGGAAAAAAUUCAAGCAACCAAUAUCACCUGAAGAACACAUGAAACAGCGUGAUAAUGUGAUCAAAGCUCUAGAUGAUGCUGAGAAAAAGGAACUAUCGGAGCUAGAAGGGCGUAUUAAGAGGAGACUGGGUGAAGACUCGUUGCUUUUGACCCAUCGAUUUAUGACCAUACCUCAGAUUAGAUCCGCCUGAUCAGGAUUGUAUAUCAAAGUGUAACGUGUCGUAUGAGCAUGCGAAGGAUACGUUAGUCCCCUUGUUACUUUUCUAUUGUUGCAAAUUUGCUGCACUUUUUCGAAAUCUUUGAAAGUUCGAUUCAACAAUUGACAUUUUUUGUUUAAGUACAUAUCCUAAGAGGAUCAACAUCAAGUAAACGCAGAAAGUCAAUUUAGUUGCAGAUCUCGAUGUUUGUUGUUUGGCUGUUAUUUUUAUAUCAUGCCGC